CUUCGUUUUUCUCUGCGACGAUAAAACUCAGAUUUGGGUUCAAGCUUCCAUAACUUAAACCCCUCUCGCGAUCCAGGUUGCUUUCAACACAGCCUGACAAUGAGUGUAGUUGGGUUUGAUUUUGGAAACGAGAACUGCCUUGUUGCUGUUGCAAGGCAAAGAGGUAUCGACGUCGUGCUUAAUGAUGAGUCCAAUCGAGAGACUCCCGCUAUUGUAUGCUUUGGUGACAAGCAGCGCUUCAUCGGUACUGCUGGAGCUGCUUCAACCAUGAUGAACCCCAAAAAUUCCAUCUCUCAAAUCAAGCGCUUAAUUGGUCGCCAGUUUUCCGACCCUGAGCUGCAAAGGGAUAUCAAAUCCCUUCCCUUUUCUGUCACCCAAGGGCCUGAUGGCUAUCCUUUGAUCCAUGCUAAUUAUUUGGGAGAGAAGAGAGCCUUUACCCCGACUCAAGUCAUGGGUAUGAUGUUGUCUAACUUGAAAGGUAUUGCUGAGAAGAAUUUGAAUGCAGCUGUGGUCGACUGCUGUAUUGGUAUUCCUGUUUACUUUACCGACCUCCAGCGAAGGGCUGUUCUCGACGCAGCCACAAUUGCAGGCUUGCAUCCCUUGCACUUGAUCCACGAGACUACAGCAACGGCUUUGGCUUAUGGAAUUUAUAAGACAGAUCUGCCAGAGAAUGACCAGCUCAAUGUUGCAUUCAUUGACAUUGGACACGCUAGCAUGCAAGUCUGUAUUGCAGGCUUCAAAAAAGGGCAGCUCAAAAUCUUGUCUCACGCUUUUGAUCGCUCACUUGGGGGAAGGGACUUUGAUGAAGUUCUUUUCAAUCAUUUUGCUGCUAAGUUCAAGGAGGAGUACAAGAUUGACGUCUCCCAGAAUGCUAAGGCUUCUCUCAGGCUCCGUGCUGCGUGCGAGAAACUCAAAAAGGUUCUAAGCGCAAAUCCUGUCGCACCAUUGAAUAUCGAGUGUUUGAUGGAUGAGAAAGAUGUUAGGGGUGUCAUCAAGAGGGAAGAGUUUGAAGAGAUCAGCAUCCCGAUUCUGGAGCGUGUUAAGAGGCCUCUAGAGAAAGCUCUCUCUGAUGCGGGCCUCACAGUUGAAGAUGUACAUAUGGUCGAGGUUGUCGGCUCUGGCUCUCGUGUCCCUGCUAUGAUCAAGAUUCUAACUGAGUUUUUUGGUAAGGAGCCCAGGCGUACAAUGAAUGCAAGUGAGUGUGUGUCGAGGGGAUGUGCCUUGCAGUGUGCCAUUCUCAGUCCGACCUUUAAAGUUCGCGAAUUCCAGGUUCAUGAGAGCUUUCCUUUCUCAAUAUCACUGGCUUGGAAAGGAGCAGCUUCUGAUGCUCAAAAUGGAGGAGCUGAGAAUCAGCAGAGCACCAUUGUUUUUCCCAAAGGAAAUCCCAUUCCUAGUGUCAAGGCUCUAACGUUUUAUCGUUCUGGAACAUUCUCUGUUGAUGUGCAGUAUGGUGAUGUGAACGAUUUGCAAGCACCUCCGAAAAUCAGCACAUACACGAUUGGUCCCUUCCAGUCAUCAAAAGGCGAGAGGGCAAAGCUUAAAGUGAAAGUGAGAUUGAACCUGCAUGGAAUUGUCUCAGUUGAAUCGGCAACUCUUUUGGAAGAGGAAGAAGUUGAAGUUCCGGUCACAAAAGAUCAAUCAGAGGAAACUACUAAGAUGGACACUGACAAAGCUUCUGCCGAGGCAGCUCCUGCUUCUGGUGACUCUGAUGUUAACAUGCAGGACGCCAAGGAUACCAGUGAUGCAGCUGGUACUGACAAUGGUGUUCCAGAGUCUGCUGAGAAGCCGGCUGAGGCUCCGAAGAAGAAGGUGAAGAAAACAAAUGUACCACUGUCAGAAUUGGUCUAUGGGGCCUUGAAAUCUGUGGAGGUCGAUAAGGCUGUGGAGAAGGAAUUUGAGAUGGCUUUGCAAGACAGAGUUAUGGAAGAGACCAAGGACCGGAAGAAUGCUGUUGAGUCUUAUGUUUAUGAUAUGCGAAACAAAUUGAGUGACAAAUACCAGGAAUAUAUCACUGAGGCUGAGAGGGAAGCAUUCCUGGCGAAGCUGCAGGAAGUGGAGGAUUGGUUGUAUGAAGAUGGGGAAGAUGAGACCAAAGGUGUUUAUGUUGCAAAGCUCGAGGAGCUCAAGAAGGUGGGUGACCCUGUUGAAGUACGUUACAAAGAGUCAUUGGAAAGAGGGUCGGUCAUUGAUCAGCUUGGUUACUGUAUUAACAGCUACAGAGAGGCAGCUAUGUCUAAUGAUCCCAAGUUUGACCACAUUGAAUUGGCUGAGAAGCAAAAGGUUUUGAACGAGUGUGUGGAAGCAGAAGCAUGGUUGCGGGAGAAGAAGAAGCAGCAGGACACGCUUCCCAAGUAUGCCACACCGGCUCUCUUGUCAGCUGACGUAAAAAGCAAGGCAGAGGCAUUGGACAAGUUUUGCAGGCCUAUAAUGACCAAACCAAAGCCGGCUAAAGCAGAAGCACCACAAGCCAAGGGAGGUGAGCCGGCAGAUGAGGGCAAGAGUGAGGCAGAGCAACCAGCUUCUGCCGAACCAAUGGAGACUGAGAAUCCCGCCGAAGGUUGCUAUCGAACACAAAGCCUGACAAUGAGUGUAGUUGGUUUUGAUUUUGGAAACGAGAAUUGCCUUGUUGCUGUUGCAAGGCAAAGAGGUAUCGACGUCGUGCUUAAUGAUGAGUCCAAUCGUGAGACUCCCGCUAUUGUAUGCUUUGGUGACAAGCAGCGCUUCAUCGGUACUGCUGGAGCUGCUUCAACCAUGAUGAACCCCAAAAAUUCCAUCUCUCAAAUCAAGCGCUUAAUUGGUCGCCAGUUUUCCGACCCUGAGCUGCAAAGGGAUAUCAAAUCCCUUCCCUUUUCUGUCACCCAAGGGCCUGAUGGCUAUCCUUUGAUCCAUGCUAAUUAUUUGGGAGAGAAGAGAGCCUUUACCCCGACUCAAGUCAUGGGUAUGAUGUUGUCUAACUUGAAAGGUAUUGCUGAGAAGAAUUUGAAUGCAGCUGUGGUCGACUGCUGUAUUGGUAUUCCUGUUUACUUUACCGACCUCCAGCGAAGGGCUGUUCUCGACGCAGCCACAAUUGCAGGCUUGCAUCCCUUGCACUUGAUCCACGAGACUACAGCAACGGCUUUGGCUUAUGGAAUUUAUAAGACAGAUCUGCCAGAGAAUGACCAGCUCAAUGUUGCAUUCAUUGACAUUGGACACGCUAGCAUGCAAGUCUGUAUUGCAGGCUUCAAAAAAGGGCAGCUCAAAAUCUUGUCUCACGCUUUUGAUCGCUCACUUGGGGGAAGGGACUUUGAUGAAGUUCUUUUCAAUCAUUUUGCUGCUAAGUUCAAGGAGGAGUACAAGAUUGACGUCUCCCAGAAUGCUAAGGCUUCUCUCAGGCUCCGUGCUGCGUGCGAGAAACUCAAAAAGGUUCUAAGCGCAAAUCCUGUCGCACCAUUGAAUAUCGAGUGUUUGAUGGAUGAGAAAGAUGUUAGGGGUGUCAUCAAGAGGGAAGAGUUUGAAGAGAUCAGCAUCCCGAUUCUGGAGCGUGUUAAGAGGCCUCUAGAGAAAGCUCUCUCUGAUGCGGGCCUCACAGUUGAAGAUGUACAUAUGGUCGAGGUUGUCGGCUCUGGCUCUCGUGUCCCUGCUAUGAUCAAGAUUCUAACUGAGUUUUUUGGUAAGGAGCCCAGGCGUACAAUGAAUGCAAGUGAGUGUGUGUCGAGGGGAUGUGCCUUGCAGUGUGCCAUUCUCAGUCCGACCUUUAAAGUUCGCGAAUUCCAGGUUCAUGAGAGCUUCCCUUUCUCAAUUUCGCUGGCGUGGACAGGAGCAGCUUCCGAUGCUCAAAAUGGAGGAGCUGAGAAUCAGCAGAGCACCGUUGUUUUUCCCAAAGGAAAUCCCAUUCCUAGUGUCAAGGCUCUAACGUUUUAUCGAUCUGGAACAUUCUCUAUUGAUGUGCAGUACAGUGAUGUGAACGAUUUGCAAGCACCUCCAAAAAUCAGCACAUACACGAUUGGUCCCUUCCAGUCAUCAAAAGGCGAGAGGGCAAAGCUUAAAGUAAAAGUGAGAUUGAACCUGCAUGGAAUUGUCUCAGUUGAAUCGGCAACUCUUUUGGAAGAGGAAGAAGUUGAAGUUCCGGUCACAAAAGAUCAAUCAGAGGAAACUACUAAGAUGGACACUGACAAAGCUUCUGCCGAGGCAGCUCCUGCUUCUGGUGACUCUGAUGUUAACAUGCAGGACGCCAAGGAUACCAGUGAUGCAGCUGGUACUGACAAUGGUGUUCCAGAGUCUGCUGAGAAGCCGGUGCAAAUGGAAACUGAUUUAAAGGCUGAGGCUCCGAAGAAGAAGGUGAAGAAAACAAAUGUACCACUGUCAGAAUUGGUCUAUGGUGCCAUGAAAUCUGUGGAGGUCGAUAAGGCUGUGGAGAAGGAAUUUGAGAUGGCUUUGCAAGACAGAGUUAUGGAAGAGACCAAGGACCGGAAGAAUGCUGUUGAGUCUUAUGUUUAUGAUAUGCGAAACAAAUUGAGUGACAAAUACCAGGAAUAUAUCACUGAUGCUGAGAGGGAAGCAUUCCUGGCGAAGCUGCAGGAAGUGGAGGAUUGGUUGUAUGAAGAUGGGGAAGAUGAGACCAAAGGUGUUUAUGUUGCAAAGCUCGAGGAGCUCAAGAAGGUGGGAGACCCUGUGGAAGUGCGUUACAAGGAGUCGUUGGAAAGAGGGUCGGUCAUUGAUCAGCUUGGUUACUGUAUUAACAGCUACAGAGAGGCAGCUAUGUCUAAUGAUCCCAAGUUUGACCACAUUGAAUUGGCAGAUAAGCAAAAGGUUUUGAACGAGUGUGUGGAAGCAGAAGCAUGGCUACGAGAGAAGCAGCAGCAGCAGGACACACUUCCCAAGUAUGCCACUCCGGCUCUCUUGUCAGCUGACGUAAAAAGCAAGGCGGAGGCAUUGGACAAGUUUUGCAGGCCUAUAAUGACCAAACCAAAACCGGCUAAAGCAGAGGCACCACAAGCCAAGGGAGGUGAGCCGGCGGAUGAGGGCAAGAGUGAGCCAGAGCAACCAGCUUCUGCCGAACCAAUGGAGACUGAGAAUCCCGCUGAAGGUAGUACCUAAAUGAAUGACGAGCGCGAGAUGGUGUUGUAUCGAUUUUGUUCUUACUCUUUUUAAUUUACCUAGUGGAACCUCUUAUUCUAGUUUCGCUAUUAUCCCCCGAAAGAUUCUAUCU